AUGAAGAGUCUACAUGGUUGGGUCGAGAUAAGGCAUGCAGGAUGUCUUUUAGGAAACAAGAAGCUUGCUUUCCGACCUGAAUGGUGGAGUUCUUCAAGUGCAAGACUCUUUUCUACGAAACGUGAGAAGACAGCAGAAAAUGGGAUUAAAAAGGAUUCUGAAGUCCAGACUUUCAAAAUAAAGACUGGAUCUGCUGGGUCUAUUACCAUUGAUCUGUACAACUCGCAUCUUCUCACAAACAUAAGAUCACCUCUGUAUAUCUAUAUACCUCCAGUCGGCCAUCACCUUCGAGAUGCUCACGCCAGCCUCCCAUCCUUCCUACCAUCUACGCCGAAAGCCAUAGCCAGAAUUAAUUAUCGCUGGAACCAUCUCCCCCCACCACCAAAGAAAACCUCAAAGGAUUCAUCUUCGUCUCCAUCACCGCCGCCAGCUAUCUUAACGAGCGAUCCGUCAUAUGCCAAUCAUCCGUUUCCAACACCUCUUCAUGACACCCUAUACGGAUUCGAAUUUCUGACUAACACCGUUCUGAAAUCGUACACUCCCAAAACUCCUCCUUCUAUACCCGCUGAGAGAAAAUCAUCUUUCUCUCCAGAAUCGGCUUACUAUACUCCACCGUCAUCAAAGAAACCACUACCACGCAGACCGCUUAUAAUAUGUAGUUCUUACCUGGGAGGUUCGCUUGCUACCUCACUGGCCUUGACCGAAUCGAAGGUUUCCAAGACACUACCUUACUACAUAGCCGGUCUCAUCAUAGAAAAUGGAGUCUACGACUGGACGCCAAUAGCAACCUCACGUCCACCAAAACCACAUCCAUCACAACAUCCAUCAACCAAAGCCCCAUUCAAACCCUGGACAGCCAGUCAUCUCCACAAACUAAAAACCCACCUCUUCAACUCUCCCGAAAGCCCAUUCGACGCCUUCGUCUCACCCGUCCUCUUCUUCCGCACCCCCGGCCACCACGCCCCCAAAACCUGGCCCUCAAACCCCUCAAGCCCAGAACCGAAAAACACAACUCUCCUCCCCAACGACGAAUACCUACACUACUCCACACAAACCGACUCCGCGGACCACCUCGACGACGACGAAUCUUACGACAUCAUCCCCGAAAACCUCGACCCGCUAUCCAAACCAGGCAUUACAACCACAACCCUCUCCCUCGGGCCCGCACCACGCAAAUCCCCUCUCAGAUUCCCCGCCAAGCACUCAGACAUUAAACUCCCGCGCAGCCUAUUCCUGUACUCCCCUGCCGCGAGUAAUACACCGGUAGUGAAGAACGGGAAACGGAAGAAGGCGAAUGGAGAGGAGCGGGAGCUAGAGUUGGAUGAUUAUGUGACGCCGCAAGAGCAGGCGGAGGAGAUGGCGGGGUUGAUGAGGAGAUCGGUACAGCUGCAUGAGUUGGGGGAGAGGAAGAUGUGGGAUGAGGAGUUGGAUGUGGAGGUUGAGUCGGCGGACAGGGUGAGGGUGGUGGAGAUUGGGGAGGGUGUUAGGGGAGAGGUUGAGGAGUGGAUUGAGGAGGAGGGAUUGGGUGGGUGA